AUGAUGUACACCCAUCCACUCUCACAGCUCUCCGAGCUCGAAACCACAACCGCCAGAGACAUUAUCCUCGACUCCCACCCCACCAAAGCGAUCUUCUUCCGCGAAAUAUAUCUGCAAGAACCACCAAAGGCAGAGCUUGUCCCCUACCUAGAACUAGAGCAUUCCGGAAAAUUGAGUCCGACAUCGCCUCGUCCUCAGCGAUUGGCAAAAUGUCAGUAUGAUGUUGUCGGUGGUGAUCGUGUGCCGGAAUAUCACGAGUCUGUUGUCGAUGUUGAGCGCAAGAAGAGAAUCAAUCAUGUCGUGAUUGGGAAAGAACAUCAAGCUUCUUUGACGCUUGAUGAAUUCGACAUCUUCGUCAAAACCUGCCAAGAAUCCCCACUCUUCAAAGAAGCAAUCGCCAAGUUUAAACUUCCUGAAGGCUUCGACUAUGUCAUUGAGCCCUGGCCCUAUGGCGGUCGUGACCGCGUCACUGAUGACAGCCGCUACUUCCAAGGCCUCAUCUUCGCGCAGGAUAAACGGUCCAAAAACCCCGAUUCUAACUUCUAUGCAUACCCUAUUCCUAUCAUCCCCGUCAUGGAUUACCACAAACGCGAGAUCAUCCGCAUCGACAAAUUGGCUACGGGCGGAAAGGAGGACCCGCUGACUGCAUCAGAUGCUGAUUUCAGAGAGGAUGUUAUUGGUCAUUGUACAACGGCAGAAUAUAUACCAGAGCUGUUACCCAAGGGUACAAGGCAGGAUUUGAAGGAAUUGAAUGUUCUACAGCCGAAUGGUCCUUCGUUCAGAGUAUCGCAGGAUAAGUCGUUAAUUGAGUGGCAGAAGUGGAGGUUUCGUGUGGGCUUUAAUCCGCGGGAAGGUGCAACGAUACAUGAUGUUUAUUAUGACGGGAGGAGUGUUCUUUACCGAUUGAGUAUCAGCGAGAUGACUGUACCAUAUGCAGAUCCUCGGUAUCCGUUCCAUCGCAAGCAAGCAUUUGAUUUCGGAGAUGGAGGUGCUGGAAAUUGUGCCAACAAUCUGUCACUUGGAUGCGAUUGCUUGGGUGUUAUUAAAUACUUUGAUGCCGUCGCCACAGACGGCGAAGGUAAUGCCAAACCCGCCCCAAAUGUUAUCUGCCUCCACGAACAAGACAACGGCAUCGGCUGGAAACAUACCAAUUGGCGCACGGGACGUGCCGUGGUCACCAGAUCCCGCGAGCUGGUCGUACAAUUCAUCAUCACUUUAGCCAACUACGAGUACAUCUUCGCAUACAAAUUUGACCUCGCUGGCGGUAUUUCUGUUGAAUCCCGAGCAACAGGAAUAGUCAGUGUCGUGAACAUUGACCCCGGCAAAGUGUCCGAAUAUGGAAACGUGGUUGGUAACGGUGUGCUGGCACAGAACCACCAACACGUGUUUUGCAUUCGUAUCGACCCUGCUAUUGAGGGACACAAGAACACGGUAUAUGUGGAAGAGUCCCAUGCCGUGGAAAUGAACGAUAUCACCAAUCCGGAAGGAAACUUCUACCAAAUUCAGAAGACACCUGUUGAGAGAUCGAGUUGGUUUGAUGCGGCACCCGAGCAUAACCGGAUUAUCAAGAUGGUUAACACCGAUAAACUCAACCCAAUCAGUCAGAGGCCCAUGGGAUACAAAUUCACGCCAAUGGCAACGCAGCUUCUACUGGCUGACAAACGAUCAAUCCAAGCUAGACGGGCCCAGUUUGCCCAACAUCAUGUAUGGGUGACCAAGUACCGGGAUGGCGAGCUUUAUGCUGGCGGCCAAUAUACACUACAGAGCCAAGACGAGAUUGGCGGUGUUUAUGAUGCCGUGAAACGAGACGAAGCUGUCUCAAAUGAAGAUGUAGUGGUAUGGAGUGUUUUCGGAAUCACUCAUAACCCUAGAGUUGAAGAUUGGCCUGUCAUGCCUGUGGAAUGCUAUCAACUCAACAUCCGCCCUGCAGACUUCUUCACAGAAAAUCCAGCUAUUGAUGUCCCGUCAAAUAAAAAUCUGGCUUCGCAGCUGGUCACUUCGAGUUGCUGUACAAAGCCUAGCUUGUAG